AUGGUAUGCUCAAGUACUGGUCAUGGAUUAAUUGCACUUUUAAAUAGAUCAAUUCCAUCCGGAUGGAUAUCAUAUUCGUACAGUUAUUCAGCUACAAAAACAAUACCAACACUCUUAUUUGGUUUUGAAACUGAUAAUAUGCAUAGUUUUUAUUUGGACGCUGUCUCUGUAGUAGACAAUAAUGCAACUUCGAUUGAAUUAUUAACUAAUCCCAGUUUUGAAAAUUCAACAACAAAUGCACUUGGUUGGAUUACAUCAUGUGAAACGACAUGUACGAGUCAAAUAGUUUCUGGUCUUGAAUGUUUUGAAUACUCUGGAAACUGUUUCAUGGCUUAUUGCAUUUCAGAUCUUUCUUUUAUUUUCUUUCUAAGUCAAUCGUUUAUGGCUACAAUUGGAAAUACAUAUACAAUCUCAUUUAUGCUAAAUUAUAUAGGAAGUUCUAGUACUGGACAUAUAUCCUUUUAUCUUGAUGUUAACUAA